CGGCCCGGCAGUGUGGGAUGGGAGCCCCGGCCGGCAGCCUGCUAUGGAAACACGCUCCGCCGUCGCUAGUGUAGCAGCCGCCACGACAACAUGCCGCUGAAAUGGAAGAGUGGUUCCCCCGUUAGCUGGAAAUUCCCAGUGCCCGUGCUCAAGACGUCCAGGUCCUCUCCGCUUUCGCCAGCCUACAUAUCUCUGGUGGAGGACGACGACCCUCACAUGAAAGUGUCCCUCGGGAGCGGUGAUAUGGGCGUGUCCUCCCACCUUCAGGCUUCAAAAACAGGAAACACCCGCUUCUUCACCAGCAACACCCACAGUUCUGUGGUCCUGCAGGGAUUUGACCAGCUGAGGAUAGAAGGGUUACUUUGUGAUGUGACGCUUGUGGCAGGAGAUGGGGAUGAGGCUUUUCCAGUCCACCGGGCCAUGAUGGCCUCCUCCAGCGACUACUUCAAAGCCAUGUUUACAGUUCGCUCCUAUUUUCCAGGUGGAAUGAAGGAACAAGACCUGAUGUGCAUCAAGCUACAUGGUGUUAACCGUGUGGGCCUGAAGAAGAUCAUUGACUUCAUCUACACGGCCAAGCUUUCACUCAAUAUGGAGAAUCUGCAGGACACACUAGAGGCCGCCAGCUUCCUCCAGAUCCUCCCUGUGCUGGACUUCUGCAAAGUGUUUCUCAUAUCUGGGGUCUCCCUCGACAACUGUGUGGAGGUGGGCCGCAUUGCCAGCGCCUACAACCUGACUGAGGUGGACAAGUAUGUUAACAACUUCAUCCUGAGGAACUUCCCUUCGCUGCUGGCCACAGGAGACUUUGUCAAACUGCCCUUUGAGCGGCUAGCCUUUGUACUUUCCAGCAACAGCCUGAAGCACUGCAGUGAACUGGAGCUGUUCAGGGCCGCCUGCCGCUGGUUGCGCCACGAGGAUGGCCGUAUGGAGCAGGCGGCCCGGCUCAUGCGCAACAUCCGCUUCCCGCUUAUGAGCCCGCAGGAGCUCAUCAACCAUGUUCAGACGGUGGACUUCAUGCGUACGGACAACACCUGUGUGAACUUGCUCCUGGAAGCCAGCAACUACCAAAUGAUGCCAUACAUGCAGCCCGUGAUGCAAUCGGAGCGGACAGCCAUCCGCUCGGACAGCACCCACCUGGUGACACUGGGCGGUGUUCUCCGCCAGCAGUUGGUGGUCAGCAAGGAGCUACGGCUGUUCAAUGAGAAGUCGCAUGAGUGGAAGUCUCUGGCGCCCAUGGAUGCGCCACGCUACCAGCACGGCAUUGCCGUCAUCGGCAACUUUCUCUACGUGGUUGGCGGACAGAGCAACUAUGACACCAAGGGAAAGACAGCGGUUGACACGGUCUUCCGCUACGACCCCCGUUACAACCGCUGGAUGCAGGUGGCGUGCCUGAACGAAAAGCGCACCUUUUUUCACCUGAGCGCCUUGAAGGGGCACCUCUAUGCCGUGGGAGGGCGCAAUGCAGCUGGCGAGCUAGCUACAGUGGAGUGUUACAAUCCCAGAACAAACGAGUGGACGUACGUCGCCAAAAUGAACGAGCCUCAUUACGGUCAUGCUGGAACAGUCCACGGGGGCUUCAUGUACAUUUCAGGGGGAAUCACCCAUGACACUUUCCAGAAGGAACUGAUGUGCUUCGACCCCGAGGCUGACCGAUGGACCCACAAGGCCCCCAUGACCACAGUGCGGGGGCUGCACUGCAUGUGCACCGUGGCCGACAGACUCUACGUCAUCGGAGGCAACCACUUCCGUGGCACCAGCGACUACGACGACGUGCUGAGCUGUGAGUACUACUCACCUGCGCUGGACCUUUGGACACCCAUCGCGGCCAUGCUCCGGGGCCAGAGCGACGUGGGGGUGGCUGUAUUCGAGAACAAGAUCUAUGUGGUGGGCGGAUACUCGUGGAAUAACCGCUGCAUGGUGGAGAUUGUGCAGAAGUACGACCCGGAGCGGGACGAGUGGCACAAGGUGUUUGACCUGCCUGAAUCACUGGGCGGGAUCCGUGCCUGCACCCUCACUGUCUUUCCCCCUGAGGACCAGGCGAGCUCACCCUCUAGAGAGUCGCCGCUCUCGGCACCUUGAGGAAGGAGGGGGGGCUUCACCCCCCUCCCACCUCCUCUUCAGAUACUCUUUGCACUUCCUCUACAGACUACAACCCCCCCCCCCCCCCCCCCACAAUGCAGCCACUCCAUCCUCAGAGGGUCCACUCUUCACUCCGUAGACUCCAUUUGUACACGGCUACUAGGUUGGCCUCCUGUUUUGAUUUGGUAGAGAAUAACAACUAAUUUAAUCUUGCAAAAUUCUCUGUGGCAGAAACGUUCCAAUGAACAGGGAAUUAAAAUAGACACAGUUUUAGAACGUGUUUAUGUUUUAAUGUUGCAUAUUUAGCAUUUUUUCCCCCCUUUUGGCUUCAAUGCCUUAGAUUAAUAACUUGGCAGGUAAACUUUUGUACCUGAUGUCUUUCAAGUUUUAUUAUGCCCAGUUACUGUUGAGCUUUUGUUUGUUGGUUGGGAUCUCGGUGACAUGCACGUUCUCGAUGACAGUGCUUUCUUUGCUCUAAACAUCAGGACAGGACCUGAUGGGUCCACAGUAUUUCUAAUCUCAGGGGUAGGCCAGCACCCCCUUUGCCCCCGCCAUUUCUUUCUUGUGUUUGUGAUAACCACUGAUAAAAUGGUGUUUUCUAAGUUUAAUAAACCAAACUUUGAUUUUUUUAUGUU